UCAAGACAAGCACACAGUGAGCUGGGUUAACGGGAGGGUGUCACAAGGGUGAUGGCAUGAUGAUGUAGAGCAGAAUGACAUCUGCGAACGGAGGAAAACGCUUGUAGAGCAUAAAUUCAAGCUGUCCGUGUCGUCAUAUCCAAGCCAGUCAGAGCGCCGCGGGAAAAGACGAGAUUUCAAAUUCAUUCACUGACUCAAUAUUUUCCAGACAUCGCGAGAAAAGACGAUAUUUGAAAUUAAUUCAGUGGCAACAUUUUCCGGACAUUGCGAGAAAAGACGAAAUUUCAAAUUAAUUCACUGACUCAACAAUGGCCGACAAGUCAGAAGAUGGCAACGGUUCCAGCGAAGACGGGCCGCUGUACUACGAGGUGGAGCAUCAGCCCAAGGCCUGGCCAGUUCUGUACCUGGGCUGUCCGACGGAGCACUCGAGGUAUAUCCCAGCUCCUGAGUUCGGCCUCGCUCACCUGCCUGAAGACAUCCGGUGCCAAGAAGUUCUUGCUCUGAUUAGGCUCAACAUGGAACUUGCCGUGAGGUUAAGUGUAGCCAUGUCACAGACUUGCACACAGAACAUAGGCCACAUAAACCAGGCUUCACACACUAUGUCAACUGACACAGGACACAUAAACCAAGCUCCACACGCUAUGUCAACUGACACAGGCCACAUAAACCAGGCUCCACACACUAUAUCAACUGACACAGGUCACAUAAACCAGGCUAUGUCAACUGACACAGGCCACAUAAACCAGGCUCCACACACUAUAUCAACUGACACAGGUCACAUAAACCAGGCUCCACACACUAUAUCAACUGACACAGGCCACAUAAACCAGGCUCCAAACACUAUGUCAACUGACACAGGUCACAUAAACCAGGCUCCAAACACUAUGUCAAUUGACACAGGUCACAUAAACCAGGCUCCACACACUAUGUCAAUUGACACAGGUCACAUAAACCAGGCCCCUCACACUAUGUCAACUGACACAGGCUACACAAUCCAGGCACCAGAAUCAAAGUGCGAUCCUUACCACGUCCGUGGCAGCGGUUCUGUUUGUUAUUUCUCGGACACACACGAUUUGUUUCCUUGUUGUCAUGGAGACGUCAACCAAUGCCCCAUGUGCCACAUCCCGAAAUGCCCUUACACCGAGACGCUGGGGGCAGAUCAUUUCCUCGUGUCCAGUCACCCGGUGCACGUGCCGGACGCGAGUCGAGCUCACCUAGCAUUCCGUGUCUCCACCAACCAGCAUGUGGUCAGGGAUGAGGCCGAUGCUGGCAGCACGAAGGUCGAUCUGUUCUUCGACUCCUGCAACACACGUGACACCGUCAAGGCAAAGGGCGUCUGCCUCGCUGGAGUCUGGGAAGAGCAGGACAAAGUCCACGUGUUGUGUGUAGCAGAUAUGAACAGUCGUCUGCAACAGUUGCUGCAGACUAUGAGACAAGACAUGCGGCGUCUGUUCGCCGCUAUACCCGAAGAGAAAAGAAAAAGCUUCAUACAAAACCACGUGAUUAUAAUUGGCCAUCCGCACGGCUCGGCUAAAGUCGUUAGUGUCGGCCGGAAAAUGUCGAGCGGACAAGAGACAUCGCCCUGUGGCAGUUUGUACCUGGAGACGAGAUACCUGAUAGAAACCUGCAACGGUUCAUCAGGUGCGCCUGUUGUCGGCCCGGGGUGGGCGGACGGCGGCCCAGGCUAUCGCGUGCAUUGCGGCUUCUACAGAUCUGGUGACAUUAAAACGGGAAUUUCCAAAUCCUUCUGGGUAGUGGACUCUGACGAAAGGGGCGGGGCUCCGGUUAAAAAUUGUGUGCCAGAUACAAGUGGCCUGCGCUGAAAAAUCUUAUUGUAGGCUAAAUUUUUUAAUAUCAGUGAUAAUUAAAUUAAGUGAGUCACGUUAAAAGACCAGGCUUUAUUUUUACUUUCUCGUAUAUACGUAGUAUAGAGAAAGUAUUGUAAUCGUGCAAAAAAAAAAAAUCGAGAUUUUUACAAAUCUCGACGUUUUACACCUCACUGAUACGGAAAAACAUAAUUUUGCAAUCUUGUCCGUAUGUCUGUGUGUGUGUGUGUCUGUGUGUGUGUCUGUCCGUGUGUAAACACGAUAACUUGAGUACCGUUACAGCUAGGUUGAUGAAAUUUCAUAUAUAAGUAUUUUAUCAAAAUCGUAGAUCCGUAUCAACUUUUGAGCGAUUUCCGAUAACCGGAAGUGGUACUUUUCCUACUUUGAAUUUUUAAAAGCCUAUAACUUGAGUACUAUUUCAGAUAGAUAAAUGAAAUUUCACAUGUAAGUAAAAGAUCUAAUUCUCUACCUUCUGUUAAAUUUUGAGUAAUUUCCGUUGACUGGAAGUAGUAAUUUACGCUACUUCCGAUUUCUCAAAAAACUAAUGUAAAUUUUAAAAGUACUAAUAAUAUUGCGCACUAUUAUGCGCUUUUUUUAUUUGCGUUCACUUGGUGUGCAAUUAAUUUGUCUACGAGAUUUUAUUCUAUUUUUAAAACUUUAAGUAUUUAAAAUGGAUUAAAAAUCAUGUC